GACCAGUUCAAUUCCCAGUCUUCACUGUCCUAAAACUCAAAAACUUUUUCAAUACUCCAUCACACUCAAAAUGUCCGACGGAGGUUUGACGCUCGUCGACGGUACCCAACUUCUCCGAUCACUCUCUCUCCCUCUCACACUGCCGGACUCCGACGCCGCCGUCCUCACUGGAGCUCACGUCCUCGAUUUCGCUGACUCAAAAGCUUCCUCCUCUCUCUUCGGCCUCUCAUUGCCUCAAAACCUCAAGUCGUCGGCUCUCAAACGUGCCGCCGUUUCAGAUGAUGACGUCAAUUUCCGAAGUAAAGAACUGGACAGAGAUCACGCCUCCAAGUUGGUCACAAAUUACCUCACUGCCAUCGCCGAUGUACUAAAAGAGGAUCCGCUGUUGGUGUCAGUGUUGGAUGGGAAGACACUGAGGGUGUUUUUGGAAGACGAAGAUGAUUUCGCCAUGCUAGCUGAGAAUCUCUUCACUGAUUUGGAUACUGAAGAUAAGGGAAAGAUUUGCAAGUCUCAGAUCAGCAGUGCUCUUCUUCAUAUGGGAGUUGAAUUGGGUGUCCCUCCAUUUUCAGAAUUUCCUCUGAUAAAUGACAUCUUAAAGAAACAUGGAGCUGAGGGGCUAGAAGAGUUGGGCCAAGCACAAUUCGCCCAGUUACUGCAGAAUGUUCUACAAGAUAUAGCAGAUGCCUUAGCUGAGAAGCAUAUUGUCGUCGUUCGUAACAUUAAGAUCAUUAAUGGUUCCAAGCUUAGAAUGCUUUUGGCAGACAAGAAGCAAUUGAACGACGUCAUAGACAAGGUACUCCAGGAAAAGAAGAGCACUGGAGAUGAACGAUCAAGCAUAGAUAUAAUCAGGGGUUUCCUUGAGAAAAAUGGAAAAGAUUAUGGCUUGCCACCUUCAGAAGCCAACGAAGCUGUGGUUCUUCUCUAUGAUGCUGUUUUUGCGGAUAUAAGGAAGAGUAAGACAGCUGCAAAAAUGGAUGAUGAAUUUAGGGAAUUUGUGAAGAACAUCCUGGAGAAAUUUGCAGAGCAGCUCGAAACCAAUCCUGUUUAUUAUGAUUUUGAAUACUGAGGGAAUGGUUGUCACAGCCUGACCUCCUUUUUGUGGCAUUUCAUACACCCCUUUGAUUUUUAAUGUUUAUAUGUAUCCAUUUCAGCAUAAAAUGAACGCAUGAAAAGUACAAUUUAACAUCAGCAUAUACUAAUGCUAUUUCUAUCAUAUAUACAUAUA